GUUUUGAUUUUUGGACUGUUAAAACAAUUCUUUGGUGUGUGUGGUGAAAUAAAGGGAAGCCGGAGUGUGGGAGAACUGAAGUAAAAAGACUCUUUUUUCUUGCUCCCUCCACCCAAUACAAUACGGAGCUGUAAUCUCCAACCAAGACAAUCCAUUUAAAGAGACAGUUCUUGCCAUGGCUGCCAGGCGGAAAAAUAGCAUUCCUGAAACAGACACCAAAUUAGAUCAAGUAUUGGAGAUGAUAACUAUGAUGCAGAAAGAUAAUAUGGAACACUUUCAAAAACUGGAGCAAGGCUUCGAAAGAAGCUUCCAAAAACUGGAAAGUGAAAUCAGAGAGAUCAAAUCAGACUUAACAAAGCUGAAAGUAACCGAUGAGAAAGUUCAGAAGCUAACUCUGACAGUUAACCAACUCCAAGAAAAUCAAGAAGAGAUGAAUGAGAAAUCUAAAGAGACAGAAAUAGAGAUGGAAAAGAUGAGAAACCAAAUGGCCCUUCUUGAGAUUAAACUUAAAGCAGAUGUGUUAAGAUUCAGAGGAGUGCCCGAAGAGGAAGGAGAGAAUAUUAAGAAGAAAAUGACCCACCAUCUCUCGAAAUAUAUAAAUAUGGAAGAAGAUGAAUUUGAUGAGGAUAUAAGCAAAGUAGUCCGAGCUAACUACAGCAAGAGAGACGUCUUGAAAAGGGAAAGGGAUGUCUUGAUUUUCUUCUCCAGGAAAAGAACAAGGGAGGAUAUACUGGCCCAAAGUAUCAAAACCAGUCUCCAAAUACAAGACAAGAAAAUAUUGAUAUUGAAAGACAUUCCCAACCGGAUUUUACAGAAAAGGAAAGAAUAUUAUUUCUUGAGAGACUUCCUUAGAGAAAAUAAUAUCAGGUAUAAGUGGGAAGAUCUAGAAGGACUUAGGGCAACAUACAAUUUUAAAUCUUAUAGAUUGACCACAGUACCACAAGCCCAAGACUUCCUUGAAAAACUCAAAAAGAACUUAAAAGAAAUCCCAGCCACGUUACAAGAUCAGAAUGGUUAA